ACCAACGUGCUGAUGGGGGCGUACUUUCCCGAUCGCAGACAUAAAAUACAUCGUCACAUGACACUCACUCCAUAUCUUUGUCCUCUUUCCUUUUUCUUCUUUUAUUAAAACACCUCUAAACCUCUCUCUCUCUCUCUCUCUCUACAUCCACAUCGAAACGAGGUCGUUUUUGAGUUCUACUUAAAACCUUUUCAAGCAAUGGAUUUGGCUUCGAAUCUCGGUGGAAAGAUUGAAAAAGCUCAAGUUCUCUCCGCCGUCGACAAGUAUGAGAAGUAUCAUGCAUCCUAUGGAGGUCAAGAGGAUGAAAGGAAAGCUAAUUAUAGUGAUAUGGUUAAUAAAUACUAUGAUCUUGCGACAAGCUUUUAUGAAUUUGGCUGGGGGGAAUCUUUCCAUUUCGCAACAAGAUGGGUAGGGGAAUCUCUUAGAGAGAGCAUCAAGCGACAUGAACACUUCCUUGCUUUACAACUUGGUCUUACGCCCGGACAGAAGGUUUUGGAUGUUGGUUGUGGUAUUGGAGGACCAUUAAGAGAAAUUUCACGAUUCAGCUCGACAUCUGUUACAGGAUUGAAUAAUAAUGAGUACCAGAUCACCAGGGGAAAGGCACUCAAUCGCAAAACUGGAGUGGACAAGACUUGCAACUUCGUCAAGGCUGAUUUCAUGAAGAUGCCAUUCGAAGACAAUAGUUUUGAUGCAGUGUAUGCUAUUGAAGCCACCUGCCAUGCACCAGAUGCUUAUGGAUGCUACAAAGAGAUUUAUAGAGUGUUAAAGCCUGGCCAAUGUUUUGCUGCUUAUGAAUGGUGCAUGACUGAUUCUUUUGAUCCCAAUAACCAAGAACACCAAAAAAUCAAGGCAGAAAUUGAGAUUGGUGAUGGGCUUCCUGACAUUAGAUUGACCACAAAGUGUCUUGAAGCUCUUAAGCAAGCAGGUUUUGAGGUCAUAUGGGAGAAAGAUCUAGCUUCGGACUCUCCUCUUCCUUGGUACUUGCCUUUAGACAAGAGUCACUUCUCACUUAGCAGCUUUCGUCUAACGGCUGUUGGACGCCUUUUCACUAGAAAUAUGGUGAAGGCUCUGGAGUUUGUUGGACUUGCUCCGAAGGGGAGUCAAAGGGUUCAAGAUUUCCUUGAGAAGGCUGCAGAGGGUCUAGUUGAAGGUGGAAAGAGAGAGAUCUUCACACCAAUGUACUUCUUUUUGGCGCGGAAGCCUGCUUCAGAAAGCAACUGAAUUAGUGGAACAAAUAGGUUGCUGUUGUCAUGAGUUACUGUGAUUCUAGGAAAAAGAAUUAUAUUGUGUUUGGCUUUUCCACCAUAAGUCUUGCUGUUUUAAGUUGCUUGAUUGUUUAGGUUAAGUUGCUUGAUUGUUUAGGUUACCAAAACUUCACUUGUUACUUGUUUGCUGAAACAAUGUGCUUCCUGCAUUAGUGGAUAGUGUAGUGCUUGCUUCCUUUUUUAACUAUAAAAGUUGGCCAAGUUAUUUAAAACUUUAA